UUUGUUGUUUGUAUUGGUGUUUCAAGACUGCCCGCUUGUCCUGGAACUCGCUCUGCAGAGCAGGCUGGCCUCGAACUGGGAGAUCCGCCUGCCUCUGCCUCCCGAGUGCUGGGAUUAAACUUUUUUCACUGUAAUUUUUUUUCUCUUUUAAUUUUUCCACCCGUUAUUAAAAUACCCGUUCUCUCCGAGGUAGGAGUCCGAGAUACACCUGAAAACAGCCCUGCUGUCCCCCGGCCCUGGCUUUGUUUGCCUCAGUAGCCUCUAACCCUGUUUUCCGGUCGGGGGGACCCUUUGUCGCAACUGUGGCGUUUCCCCUCCGGACCCGGGGGCGGACGGUUUCCGGGCUGGGGCUCCCGGUCCCUUUCCGCCCGAAUCGUGCGCGUGCCCCCGCGUCAUUUCCUCCAGCCCGGAGCGCCUCCUCCCCGCCUCCCUUCUGCGAGCGUCUCCCACCCCGGCCUCCGGCCUACAGCUGAGGGUCCUUGGGGGGCGGGGAGCAGGUCUGAUGAGUAACCCCUCCCCCCGGGCCCCAGAGGACGGGGCCUCCACGUCUGUCUGUCGGUCCCAGAGUUCCAUGGCCUCUGCUUCCCGCCGGCAACGCCGAGAGCGCCGCUUCCGGCGCUACUUGUCUGCAGGACGGCUGGUGCGCGCCCAGGCUCUCCUCCAACGACAUCCCGGCCUGGACGUGGACGCUGGCCAGCCCCCACCUCUCCACCGGGCCUGUGCCCGCCACGAUGCCCCUGCCCUGUGCCUGCUGCUGCGUCUCGGGGCCGACCCUGCCCACCAGGACCGACACGGCGACACGGCGCUGCACGCUGCUGCCCGCCAGGGCCCCGACGCUUACACGGACUUCUUCCUGCCGCUGCUGAGCCGCUGCCCCUCGGCCAUGGGGAUAAAGAACAAGGAUGGCGAGACUCCUGGGCAGAUCCUGGGCUGGGGGCCCCCCUGGGACUCCGACGACGACGAGGAGGACGAGGACGAGGACGAGGACGAGGAGCUCUCCCGGGAGCGGGAGUGGCGGCGCAAGCUGCAGGGCGAGCUGCAGGACGAGUGGCAGGAGGUCCUCGGGAGGUUCGAAGAUGACGCCUCCCGCGACACGCAGGAGCCCGAGUCCUUCUCGGCCUGGUCCGACCGCCUGGCUCGAGAGCACGCGCAGAAGCGGCGGCAGCAGCUGCAGGGGUCCUGCCGACCCCCACGGGCUGAGGGCCCCAGCCACAGCUGGCGACAGCAAGAGGAGGAGCAGCGGCUCUUCCGGGAGCGAGCCCGUGCCAAGGAGGAGGAACUGCGGGAGAGCCGCGCCAGGAGGGCCCGAGAGGCCUCGGCGGACAGAGGCCCGGAGCCUCCCAGGGCGGCGCCCCGGGCAGAGCACAUGCGAGGGCCGGGCAGGGCCAGCCUCUGGCGCUUCGGGGACGUGCCCUGGCCCUGCCCCGGUGGAGGGGACCCAGAGGCCAUGGCUGCAGCCCUGGUGGCCAGGGGCCCCCCUCUGGAGGAACAGGGGGCUCUGAGGAGGUACUUGAGAGUCCAGCAGAUCCGCUGGCACCCUGACCGCUUCCUGCAGCGAUUCCGAAGCCAGAUCGAGACCCGGGAGCUGGGCCGUGUGAUGGGAACUGUGACAGCCCUUUCCCAGGCCCUGAACCGCCACGCAGAGGCCCUCAAGUGACCCUCGGGAAGGAGCGGGACCCUGUGGGGAUGCAGCCUGGAGGACAGACGGGAGGAAGCGUCGGGUCGUGGAUGGGGAUGGAGAGAGGAUAUGGGACGGCCAACGUAAUGGGUGCGGGGGUGGGGGGGUGGCACUACCACUGCACUCCGCGCCGCCGUUUCCUAAUAAGACCUGGUCCUCACUCCA